CUGCUCCGUGACGUCAUGAUUUCGCGCCAUCAUAUACAGAGGAGAAGGCAGGCAGCAGAGCAAUGUGGAGAUUGGAGAGGGAGAGUGGAGGAGGACAGCUGUAUUACUUUCUCAGUGGCACUGAUUAUGUAGUGGGACGUAAGAACUGUUCAAUAUUGAUUGAAGAUGAUCAGUCCAUCAGCAGAUCUCAUGCAUCGUUCUCUGUCAGCCACCCCCUCUCCAGUCUGGGACAUCCAGACGUCAUUCCUGUCCUGUCUCUUAAGGAGUCUUCAAAGUAUGGCACCUUUGUUAAUGGUGAAAGGAUGGAGAAUGCUAUUUCUAGGAACUUGAACUCCGGAGACAAGAUUACAUUUGGAGUAUAUAAUAGCAAAUUCAGAGUGAUGUAUGAAUCUUUAGUGACUUGUUCGUCCUGUUUAAGCAGCUCAGAGAAGAGUUCUUUAAACCAAGCAAUGCAGCUACUUGGUGGCCAUAUUGUGAACAACUGGACAGAGAAAUCUACUCAUCUGGUUAUGACCUCAGUUAAAGUGACUAUCAAGACAAUAUGUGCAUUAAUUUGCUGCAAAUCCAUCGUGACACCUGAGUACUUUAGUGAAAUGAUCAAAGCCAUCAAAGAAAAACAAGCACUACCUGCACUUACAAGCUUCAUUCCAAUAAUUGAUGAACCUUCCCUACAAACUGACUCAUUGGAUUUCUCAGAAAAUGGAAAAAGAAAAACUAUUUUCAAAGACAAACUUUUUCUAUUUUUGACUGCCAAGCAGCACAAGAAACUAAGCCAAACAAUUUGCUUUGGAGGUGGCAAAGCUCGUCUGUUAGCGGGAGAAUUGGAUGACACACAUCUGCUAGAAAACCCCAAUACUUGUGUAAUCAAUGUGGGAACGUCAGAAUCUCAGCUUUCUGAAUCUCAGAUCCCAACCUGGGUCACAUCUAUCAUGAAUAUUCUUGAAAGUAAAGGAUUGCGAGCUAUUCCAGAAGCUGAAAUUGGUUUAGCCGUUAUCUACAUGUCAACAGAAAUAUAUUGCAAUCCUCAGCAACGUGCAGGGAAUAGAAAUGAGAAGGAAAAGUCCGCAAGGAGUAAUAUAGUGGGAUCUUCAUUUUCCUCCAGUAUGGCUGUCAAUGAGACUGUAUUGCCUGUAGCCACCUUCAACACCACAGCUUAUGUUGCAGAUACAGAGCCAGCAGAUAAGACUCAUAAUUGGAUGGAUAUAAGUGGAGCUCGAGAAGUUAAAGAGACACCCAAGAGCAGUCAUAGCACUAAAUCUGGUAUGUGUGUGGAUCGUGAUCUAAAAUCAAGUUCCAAUGGGGACUGCAGGACUACCUUGUUUCAGGAGGUAUCAAAACCAACAGAAAAGAAGAGCCAGCUGCUUCUAUCUAUAGAAAAACCUGCUUCACAUAAGGAGAAAACCUCACAGGAAAUGGUGCCAUCCAAGAUGCCGGAUUAUUUUCAGCCAACUGCAAAGAAAAGGGAUAGAGAGGUGGACGAAGGUGAACAGUCUACUGCAAAGACCUCUAGAGUGGAAACCGGCGUCUCCCUGGGUUCAAAUGCUGCCGAGAAUAUCUUUUCAUUACCAGUGACAGACUCUGAAAUGCUUUCCCUUGAUGAUGUGGAUUUAGAUAAAGAACUCAAUGUGGUACCCAAAGAGAAACCUGACUUAUCAAACACAAGGCCUAAAGGUAACAAUGAGGCCUCCACGUCUAUUGUAGAGAAAGAUGCAUCAAUGAAGAGGAAGCAACCUGAUAAUGAAGAUGAUGUGGUGGAAGAGUCUGACUUAGAAAAUGAUGAAAUUAGUGAUCAAGUUAAACAAAAAGUCCCAAAAUCCCAUUCAGUCCUGGUCAAAAGGCAGCGCUUGGAUUCAGAAGGAGAUUCUGGAGAAGAUCUCAAACCAGGGUUGCCGGCAAGGGGUAAUAGAACUACACUUUGGAUACAACAGGCGGCCCAGCAAAGUGAACAGAAAGUAAAAACGGAACCAUCAAUUAAACAGGAGCCAGAGUCUCUGUAUGAGGACAAAAAGACUGUGAUGAUGACGGUGCAACCAAAAGGGGAAAAUGACGAUAACUUUCCAAGCAGACUUUUGCUGACGGAAUUUCGGACACUUGUUGUUGUCAGUCGACCAGCAACAUACAGUCAGUAUACUGCCAACGCCAAGCAAGGAAAUGGACCUAAUUUUAAAAAAUUCAGAAAGACUGCUUUUCCAGGGGCUGGAAGCUUUCCUCAUAUCAUAGGAGGCUCUGAUUUAAUUGCUCAUGACAAGAAGAAGAAUUCAGAAAUAGAACAAUGGUUACGUCAGGAGAUGGAGGAGCAGACACAACAAGCUAGAGAACAGUCCCUGGCUGAGGAUCUGUUCAGAUAUAAUCCAAAGAACAUGAAAAAGAGACGAUAAAAUAAAUACAUGACAAGAUGUAAAUAAAAA